UAAGGGGAUUUUUGAUUCACAUUUUGGAUCAACACACGUUCUGUUUUUUUAGGAUCUAAUAGUAUAACUAUCCUCCUCUCUUUCACUGUAUUUCAGCAGUUUGACUGGACAAGAUUCCAAGGUAUCCUUCAUCCGUAAGUACUAGUUAGUGAAGUUCACCAUAAUCUCUUACCUUAGAAUUUCUUGCAGACAUCUGUGACAGAGCCGGUGACCACAUUCAGUUUGUACUGGAUCGUUCAAUGGUUUUUUACAGAAUGGGCAUCUAAAUCGCUUGUCCAACUCUUCCACGAAGACAACGAUCGACAAGUCGGUAAAUGGUAUUUCGUUUCUUUUUGAUAAAGCCAUGCAUGUCAUCGAAAGAUUGGGAGAUGAUCAAAUUGGGGAAGAUAACCUUGACCCUUUGGCUUUAGGAGAGCAGGAUCAAGAACCUGUACCCCAUAACCCUGCCGAAUGUACUGACGAUAAUUCGACAUAUGAGCCACUUGGAAAUCCUAAUACAUCCUCAGUGGGUUCCAGAUUCCCAGAUGAUGGAUUUUUUACGGUUGUUGCUGGUUUGAAUUGCUAUCAACUCGCUCUGGGCAACAUCGAGCCCAUGACCUGUGAACGCUGUGGCACCAGCAACAUUGCUCGAGAAGAAAUGCAACAUCAUCUUGAAAGAGAAUGUUCUGAAUCUGAAAAACCAUGCAAAUUCUAUUACGCCGGCUGUUCGUUCAAGGCAAAAGAUGACGCCAUGAACGAACAUGACCAGAGCCAGAAAGCGGAACACCUCAAUCUCAUGUUGGAAUUUUCCAGGAAAAAAGAACAAAAAGAAAUAGAAUUAUCGGAAAAGCUUAAAAAAGUAGAGCAAGAAAACAUCUCGUUACAAAGUCAGCUAUCCACACAUCGUGAAACUUUAGCUGCUUCAACUCAAGAUUUGAGAUCAUAUCAAACACGACUUGGUAAAGUAGAACAAAUUGUGGGAGAACACAGGAGAGAGAUUGCAGACCUGAAAGAACGAAUACCGGCUUCCGCUUCGGCUGCAUCUGGAAAAAACAACGAUUUCUCUUAUAAUUUCGAUGAGAUUCGCAGCACCUUGGCAGAACAAGAAGUCAAACUCAGCGCAUUGGAGUCUGAAUUAUCACGUGGAAGUCUUAGUGCAUCAAUGGGUCCCAGGUCCCUUGAUGGUGGCUCCGUUACACUCGAUAGGAGACUGGGUAGGAAUGAACAUCAACUUGCUCUUCAUGACAUCCAGCUUGCUGAACAUGACUUGAAAAUUCAGAUGCUCGAGGCUACUUCCUACGAUGGGACAUAUAUUUGGAAAAUUGACGAGUUCAGUCGAAGGCACCACGAAKCUAUCAKUGGAAARACCCCUUCUAUAUAUAGUCCCCCUUUCUACGUGGGACGUUAUGGAUAUAAAGUUUGUGCCCGUGUGUAUCCUAAUGGCGAUGGUAUGGGAAARGGAACCCAYCUUUCACUGUUUUUUGUUAUCAUGAAGGGUGACUAUGACCCUCUUCUCCCAUGGCCUUUCCGUCAAAAGGUUACCUUUAAGBUACUGGAUCAUGAUCGCCAGAAUGACAUUACCGAUACUUUCCGGCCAGAUCCCAACAUCUCCAGCUUCAAAAGGCCGACAUCAAGCAUGAAUGUAGAGUCAGGGUGUCCGGUGUUUGUCUCACAACAGAAUCUCCAGAAGCUAUCCUAUAUAAACGAUGAUGUCAUCUACAUUAAGAUCAUCGUGGAUACAACAGGUCUUGCCUCUUUGGGUUUUCAGUAAAUGGAAUCAAAUACUUUCUGCCCGGGUCCCAACAGCUGCACCUUCAAAAGGCCGACAUCAGUUAUGAAUAUAGCGUCAGGGUGUCCAGUGUUUGUCUCUAAAAUUUCAAAAAUCUGUCGUACAUUACCGAUGAUACGGUCUCUAUUCAAGAAAUAUAAAACGGCGCGCGUGUCUCUGUCCUCUGAUAUAAACACGGUCGUCAGCCAAUCAGAGCGCGCGUUAUAUAUCAAAAAUUUUAU